AUGGCCUCCAGCACCAGACCCUCCAGCAUUGCCAAGACCAAGGUAGCGGCAUCACCAUGCCCUAUGAUGCCGCGGUCGGUGGACGUGCAAGCGGCGAGGGGCUUGAAAGACACCACCUUCGAUGGCCUCAUGGACGCCACGUCGUCCGCGUCCGACGCCUUGGCGUGGUGCAUGUCGGUCCACUUGCUACCCACGUCCUUGUUGUGCCCGAAGUGUGCCAAGGACAUGAGAUUGGACGUGAAUAACGAGCGUCGGCGGUGCUCGCGAUCAUUGUGCCGCACAGAACGAAGCGUGCGCACGAGCUCCUUCUUUGCCAAGAGCAAGUUGCCCCUGCGAAAACUGGUCCGCCUGAUCUGCCACUGGGCAGCUCGGGCGGCGGUCACCAAAGCCGCCGAGAUUGUCGGUGUCAAUGAGCAGGCAGCCAUGCAGUGGUACACCUACUGCAGGGACGUCUGCUCUAAAGAGAUGCUUUCGAUUCCUGUGCAAAUAGGUGAGGAGGGACAUAUCGUUGAAAUAGACGAAACCUCUCUCAAAAAGAAGUCUAAAUACAACAGAGGCAAGCACUUCCCUGACUACUGGCUGUUUGGCGGAGUCGAUCACACCACCAAUCGGUGGUUUGGCAUUGUCACGUACGAAGACCGCACGAAACCGACACUGUCGGCCAUCAUGAAGAAGCACAUCAAACCAGGCACGUUGGUCAUGAGUGACCAGUUCACCUCGUACGUGUCGUGGGCUAACCACAGUGAAACCUACGUUGACCCCGUCUCAGGCGCUCACACGAACGGGGUGGAGGGUGCUUGGGAGAUCCGUAUCAAGCGUCACCUCAAGGCGAUGCGCGGAAUGAAGAAAUCUCUCCUGCCCAUGUACCUCGAUGAGUAUUUGUGGCGUACAUGGUUUGCGCCCCCGCAAGCUACUGUGACGGAAGUCCUGAGAGUUAUUGUCCGCGGCAUCGUCAAGUACUAUUACUAA